CACAACAACAACGCCGCCCAGACGUCGCGUCUGCCACAAAAAGGACCCUUACACAAGCGAAAAGAACCGCGUUGGCGUUAAGACAUCACCUGUACCUCUAUAGUAAUUAUAAGCGUGUGGUUCAUCCACAAUCAGAGAGCUGGUGUUUUACUUUUGGGGAAGUUGCUCUGUUGUCAUGGCAUAGCAGGGAUACAGAUGUGUUGAGUCGCAGAGGCAGUGAUGGUUUAUCACUUUCACACCAUGGCUCGCAGGAGAAAGAGGCACAGGGCCAAGGUGGCCAUCGAUGAGGCCAAUAAACGUCCCACUCUCCCGUAUUCUUCCCAUGCGCCAGUCAACGUGGUACAGCAGUCCCUGCUCUCUCGAUUCUAUCCUGAGGUCCUCACGCUGAGGGAGUAUCUGCUUGUGAAGCUUCCUAGCAACUCUAGGAUCCGAAGGAAGAAGGUGUUGACAGCUGGCAGAAGAGAUCGCGACCAGAGUGAUAGAGAGACUGCAAUAGAUGAUGCAGAUAGCCUUGGGCCGUUUCUUGACUCAACCCUAGUUGGUAUACCUCAUCACAACCCACAGAGUGAGCAGCGGACGACCAGGUGGAAUUCCUUCACGAACCAGGCGGAUUUAUCUGGGUUGGACGCAACUAUGACCUCUAUCGACCUUGGACACUCGCAAUCUGAGAUUGUCGACUUUGCAGUAUGGUUGCUCUUCAACAACAGCACGAGGGAAAACACCUCUAUCAAACACCUCCUUUGUCAAGGAUUUAGCAAAAUCCCGUCUGCAGGGCGUAUGGAUGCUAACAAUGCAGCUGUUCGCAGACUUGUACCAGUGUUUCCCAACAAGCACUUCGAUGAGCUCAAGUUGGACCCUUGGCCGCAGGUGCUAGGCUUAUUGGGAAAGGGCGGAGACCGUGUCAUGAUCGAUUUGCUAGUUGACUGUGGGAUAUUUCUUGCUGCUGGUAAUGGGCGUGGCAAUUACUUUCAGAUAUGCGGUUUGCCGCUCGGAGACCUCCAAAUCCUGGAUCAAGGUGGACGAAGCGAACUGUCAGGCAGGACACCGACCCUACCGAUAGAUAGGAACCCUUCAAGCAUAGCCUUCCUACGAAGCAAAAUCCUUUAUGCACGGCCAACACUGAAUUCUAGAGGCGCUGUGACAUUCGGUCUGCGCCAUAUCCAUGUCCUGAACCGUUAUCCCUCAGCCUGUUUGGAAGAAGGGUCCAUUCAUCGAAACACGCUCCAGGUCAUAAAGUACAUAUUCCCCAGGCAGUUUGGCCUUCACAAUGUCUUUGAUUCUGUCGUCGAUUUCCGCGAGACUGUCCACCCGUUUAAGGAUUAUACUCUUCGUGAGGACGAGAUCCGUAGGUUGCCUCCAAACCACAAGGGCGCAUCUUCCACCAGAAUUCCCAGGCGACUGAGAGGGCCAUUGGUGAGCCUCGUGCGAAAACUACAGAUAUUACACGAAAGAUGCCCUUAUGGCCAAUUAGUUGCACAUUACUGUCCAUCAAAUGCACUUGCAACCUUUCCGCAACCCUCGAACGACGAUGCUUCACGGAACUUUCGAACCCAGAAAUCAACACCAGGAAGCCAUAAUGGGACUGGCCCCACGCUGGUCCAUCUCCCUAAGAAACCAAAAAAGGAUAGCAUCAUGGAACUUGCCACCCCCAGUGCAAACGUGUCAGCAUUUUGCCGUGCUGUGCUGGGAAGAGUGAUUCCAGACGAGUUCUUUGGAACUGGCGAGGACCAGGCACACAAUAUACAGGUGCUGAUGAGGAACGUGGACCGAUUUAUUGAACUGAGGAGGUUCGAAACAAUUUCUCUCCACGAUGUGACGCAGGGAAUGAAGAUUUCCACCGUUCCGUGGCUAAACUCGGAGAACAUCAACAGCUCACAACCAGACACCCGCAAGAAAUGGGAUAUGUUUUACGAGUUCAUGUAUUACAUAUUCGACUCCUUGAUCAUCCCUCUGAUUCGAUGCAAUUUCCAUGUCACGGAAUCUGGCGUACACCGCUAUCGCAUAUUCUUCUUCCGACAGGACGUCUGGCGCAAUCUGGCUGAGCCGGCGAUGACAUCAUUAAAGCUCGCGAUGUUUGAAGAAGUCGAUAUAAACAUUGCUAAUUCAGUAUUGGACUCGCGCACCAUUGGCUUCAGCCAGAUCAGGCUCCUACCAAAAGAGAAGGGUGUCAGGCCCAUACUGAAUCUUCGACGACGGCAGCUUCGGCGAGACUCGAAGAGAUCACUUGGACCUAGUAUCAACUCGACAUUGGCCCCGGUGUAUAAUAUGUUGACUUUUGAAAAGAACCUAUCACCCGCGAAGUUUGGCUCUACUCUCUUCUCUGUCGGCGACCUGUACAACAAAAUCAAAAAGUUUGCGGAAGCAAUCAAACCCGUGAGCAAUCUAUACUUUUGCAAAGUCGAUGUGCAAUCCGCAUUCGACACGAUACCCCAGGCAGCUGUCGUCAAGCUCAUAUCCGCCUUGCCAACGAGCGACGAAUACCAGAUCUCCAAGCACGUCGAGGUAAAGCCAGGAGAUGGAUAUCGGCAUGGGCAGGCGAAACCGAUCCGCAAAUGGACUUCUCUGGCCAGGGCGGCAGGUGACCAACCGUUUGACUUGAUGACCAACGGCAAGAAUACCAUCUUUACUGAAAAUCUUGCGGUCCAGAGCCACAGCAAGGACCAGCUUCUAUCUCUGCUUUCGGAACAUGUCCAGAGAAACCUGGUCAAGAUUGGGAAGAAGUUCUAUCGGCAAAAGAAGGGGAUUCCCCAGGGAUCCGUUAUAUCUUCAUUGCUGUGCAAUUACUUUUACGCCGACUUGGAAGCGAAGCAUCUGUCAUUCCUUAAUCCCGAUGGAAGCUUGCUGCUGAGGCUUAUUGAUGACUUCUUGCUAAUCACGAUCGAUCCCGAGCAUGGUAGACGGUUUAUCCAGACGAUGCACGAUGGGCUUCCAGAAUACGGGGUUUCUGUUAAUCCCGAAAAGACCCUCGUCAACUUUGAGACAUCCAUUAAUGGUCAGAAAGUCAAGCGACUGGUCAAGGGCAAAGAGUUUCCGUACUGCGGCACGUUUAUUAAUACGAAUACCUUGCACAUAUCCAAAGAUCGAGAGAGACAUAAGGACCUGGCUGUUGUCGACUCUCUGACAGUUGAGUUUUCAAAGACGCCGGGCAAGACAUUUCACCGCAAGGUCCUCAACUCGUUCAAGAUACAAUGCCACGCUAUGUUUAUGGACACAACGUUCAAUUCGCCGACGGUCGUCGCAAGAAACAUAUUUGAGAGUUUCGUCGAGUGUGCGAACAAGAUGUGCGCAUACACGAGAUGCCUUCCAACGCAGAAACAGCCUGGCGCGGAUAUCAUCAUUCGAACGAUUGUCGGUCUGGUAGAUCUCGCGUUUCUUUUGAUUAAGAGCAAAGAGAAGAAUCCGAAGAACUUGGCUUAUCGAUGCGCGAUAUCCAAGACGGAGAUUCGAUGGCUUGCCCUGCGAGCGUUUCAUAGCGUUUUGAAACCUCAACAGAGUAGGUAUAGGGAGGAGAUGAUGUGGUUAGAUGAUCAGUUGCAGCCGUGGGCGGCGAGGAGGGGAUAGGAGGCGUUUAGAUGAGGAAUAUUUAGGCGGCAGGAAUUACUGUCCCCUCCUCAACAUCUUCUUAAUCAGCCGCUUGAACAGUCCUUUAAAUGUAGACCGAAGUCCGGGUAAAUGGUGGUAGUGAGCCGCUCCGGCAGCGUAAGUCAUGGUAGCAAGUUGAUAUCGGAGGACGUCAAACCACUCUUGGGCCGGUUCCUGGCUUCCCAUGUGCCUCCAUUCCCCAUCUAGCUGCGCUGACAGGUUGUGGAAAUGUCGUUUGUGACUAGCUUGGAGUUGGUCUAGUUUGGGGAUUUUAUGGGUAGACCGCGGUCUCCUGUUAUCGAUUUACGGCUAAACACCAAAGCUGCAGAGUCUAUUUUGUGGGAAACGGGUCUUUCCACAUUCUGUCCUAAUUUUAUUUCCUAUCCGUAAAGUCUAUAGUUCUCCAUUAACUUACCAUCGG